AUGAAUUAUCAACGUUUUUUUAAUCAAAAUUCAUUACUACCUAGUUGGCAUAAAUAUUACGACCCAAUAUAUUCUGUAACAGCUGACUGUGUACUUGAAUGGCCUGAUCCAGAUAACUGUAAUGAGUUCCCUGUUAUUUGUCCGGUUCAUGGAAUAUGGAGUAGAUGGUGUGUACAACCUGAUAAAGGCAUAUGCACAUGUAAAACAGACUCAAAAUCUGAUACAAGUAAGGAUAAAUCUGCCGGUGAUAAACCAGACAGGAAUAUUCAAGAAAUAUUAAGAAAAAUAUGGGAUGGUGAGCUACCAGGUUAUUUAACUAAUCUAAAUAGUGGAGGUGCUUCGGAUCCAGUUGAAAAACGUCAUGCAUGCUUUACAGGUGCACAGCUUAGAUUAACACCUCGACGUCCUGUUAUUGUAAACAGUCAUUCAGUUCGAGCACUGUCAUUAUCUAAACAAAGGAAACCUAAAAUAUCCAUUAAUCGUGUACCAUUGACAAUUGUCUAUGCCUAUCUUGCUGAUAUGGAACUUUACAAGGAAUGGUGCGCCCUAUUCCGUCAUCAACUGCGUCAUACUUUCCCUGAAGACUUAAACUUCAGAGAAGUUUAUCGAGAAGAAAAUAUUUAUCGUAAACAAAAUUGUAGUGGAAUACUAGUGAAUGUUUUUCCAAAUAAAAAAUGUUACGUAACACAUAUGGAUUAUAGUAAAUUUGUGAUACGUCCAAAUAUACAUUAUGGUGAUCAGAUUCUAGAAUUAAAACAUUGCGUUUUAGAAGAAAUAGACGAACCGUUUCCUACAACUGCACGAUCUGCUCAAACGAAUGAUGUAUUUCAUCUUAGAACGAGACCAUGUCCGUUCUUAAAAUAUUUCGUUAUCAAUGUUGGUCAGUGUCCAGUUAUCAAUGAGUUGACAAUGAUUAGAGAAAAGCGUAAUGCUAUAAACAGUUAUUAUGAUUUAGGCUUACAAAUACACAAUGGAUGUAUUACAGCUGUAGCUGUUAAUUCACCAGCUAAAGAGGCUGGUUUACAACCAGAUCAACAAAUAGUUGAAGUUAAUGGUCAUUUUGUUAUUGAUCAUUCAGAUAUACAAAUAAUUAGUUUAAUACGUCAAAUUCUAUCUAACCGUAAAACACACUCGGUUGGACUACUAGUAAUACCACGAAGAAUACAUGAACAUUUACAGACAGUUAACAAUUUGCAUCAAGUUAUAUCAAAUCAAGGAUUCCAUAUGGGAUCUUGGGUUAAUGCUGUACCGUUUGGUUUACGGUAUGUUGAUAUAGUUGUUUUUAAUUACAAUUUACAAUAUAUACCACUAGUAUAG